UGGAAAACUUCCCCGAGAUCUCUUUGAAGAUGAACUCAUUCCAUUAUGUGAAAAAUUUGGUAAAAUCUAUGAGAUGCGGAUGAUGAUGGAUUUCAGUGGAAAUAACAGGGGAUAUGCUUUUGUGACAUUCUGCAACAAACAAGAGGCAAAGAAUGCAAUCAAGCAACUCAUUGCAGGACGGAUACAAUUAUGGGGACAUCCGAUUGCUGUAGAUUGGGCAGAGCCAGAAGUUGAGGUUGAUGAAGAUACAAUGUCAUCCGUUAAAAUCCUCUACGUGAGAAAUCUUAUGUUAACUACUGCUGAAGAAACAAUUGAAAAAGAAUUCAACAGCAUUAAGCCAGGUUCAGUGGAACGGGUGAAGAAAAUUAGAGACUAUGCAUUUGUGCACUUUAAUAAUCGAGAAGAUGCAGUGGAAGCCAUGAAAAUCUUAAAUGGGAAGGUGUUGGAUGGCUCUCCCAUUGAAGUCACCUUAGCAAAGCCAGUUGACAAAGACAGUUAUGUUAGAUACACCAGAGGUACAGGAGGACGAGGAGCAGCGUUGCCAGAAUUUACUUACACCUUUGGCCAUGUCUACGAUCCUGCCACAGCUUACCUAGGAGCUCCAGUUUUCUAUGCACCACAAGCCUAUGCUGCCAUUCCUGGCCUUCAUUUCCCUGCUGCUAAAGGCCAUCUCACCAACAGAGGCAUUAUUAGACCUUCGACCAUUAGAGGGGCUGCUGGAAUUAGAGGAGUAGGAGGUCGAGGCUACUUGGCUAACCCUGCCCUGGGUCGCGGAUACCAGCUUAAAGGAGAAAAAAGAGGGGAGGACAAACUCUACGAUCUUUUGCCUGGAAUGGAGCUUACGCCAAUUAACCACGUCAGUUUAAAGCCACAAGGAAUUAAACUUGCUCCACAGAUAUUAGAAGAAAUCUGCCAGAAGAAUAACUGGGGACAACCUGUUUAUCAACUUUAUUCUGCCGUUGGACAGAACCAAAGACAACUCUUCUUAUAUAAAAUCACUAUACCUGCCCUUGUCACUCAAAAUCCUACAAUGCAUCCCUUCACGCCACCAAAGCUAAGUGCAUAUGUAGAUGAAGCUAAAACAUAUGCAGCAGAACAUACUCUUCAGACACUGGGGAUUUCCACUGAAGGAGCAGAAAACUCUGCCACUAAUGUACCAUUUCCUGGAUAUAUUGCUAACACAGCUGCCACUGUCGCAGCUACCCAGCUAAAGCAAGCAGUGAAUCUAGGACACGAUUUGGGAACCUACACAGCUUAUGAAGCUUAUCCAGCCUUUGCGGUAGCUACUCGUAAUGAUGGUUAUGGAGCCUUCUAAAUAUAUAUAUAUAUAAUAUCUAUAUAUUUAAAUAUAUAUUUACAUGUACGUGCAUAUGGUACA